AUGACUUCCCAUCUCCGUGGUUGGGUUAUCUACAUACUGCUUUUAUUUUUACGGUUUCUGUUUGUGUUCGAUUUGCAGUCGGGUUAUUUACAUCCAGAUGAGUAUUUUCAGGGGAUUGAAGUUGCAGCGGGUGACAUUUAUAAUCUGGACGUAUUAAGGACAUGGGAAUUCCAAUUAGAUGAUAAAGGUCCUCUUAGAUCUGUAGCUGGAAUGUCACCUUUUGUACAUAUCCCGAUUCAGGCUGCCAAAUGGAUUCAUGGUGGAAUUGAUUAUAAAACUGAAGAAACUGACUUCAAUGGAUCUGAUAUGUUAAAUAGAAUUCUGUUUCCCUCCCGGUUAGUCACUGUACUUGGUUCAUAUUUAGUCGAUCUUUUUAUAUUACGCUGUUGCAUACGUGUUGAUCAUCAUCAAGUUUCAGCAAAGCAGACUAAAAUUCAAAAGAUAUUACAUGCUGUACAAUAUCAUUCUGUACCAACAGCUUUAUUACUUUAUGCAUCAUGCGCAUUCGGUGGGAGUUUAUGGUCAACACGUACAAUUGUCAAUGUAUGGGAAUCAAUUUAUGUUUCUUUAUUUGGCCUUCUGUUCUUGGAAGUUUUGGAUCGUUUAGAGCAAUCAUCUGAUCCUACUGUGAAUAAACAAUCCUUAAUUCUUUUCAUGUGUAUUCAGUCUGCUGUUGUUGUGUGGGGUACAUUUUUGCGACCUACUUAUAUUUUGUUCAUUCUUCCAUUAGGAAUUAUCGAAUUAGCAUUCAUCUUAGUCAAGUUUAAGUACAUUUCCAUGAUUCUUUGUUUACCAUCUGUUCUACUUGUUUUUUUCAAUACAUUCAUUUGUGUAAUAAUAGAUACAUUAUACUUUCACAAUGUGAGUUUAUUACAAGCUUUCCAGGUCGAUUUUUCACGAUUUAAGAUGAUAUAUACACCUUACCGGUUUUUAACUUAUAACUCCAACUCAUACCAUGUUUCUUCCCAUGGCUUACAUUCUCGAUUUACACACUUCCUUAUUAAUUGGCCUUUAAUAUUUGGACCUAUUUUUACAUUUCGUUUAUUCACUCAACCUUUACAACGUCGUUCAAUUUCAUCGUGUAUUGCUUGGAUCAGUGUGGUAUUCCCUACAUUUGUUUUGUCUAUUAUACCUCAUCAAGAAGCACGUUUUCUUAUCCCAUGCCUACCGUGUGCUUGUUUCGUUGUUGGUCAGAGUGUUGAUGCUAAAGUAAGACAUACAAAAAGAAAAGACGUUUCAUGUACUUGUAUAAGUAUUAUUGUACUAUGGAUAUUUCAUCAGUUUAUCUUGAUUUUAUUUUAUGGGUACUUACACCAAGCUGGGCUAUUUUCUUAUAUGAGAACCAUUCCAAGUAAUGUAACUGGAUGCGUCACUCAUGUAUUCUUCAGAACUUACAUGCCACCUCGUUUUUUGUUAAAUAUACCUUUAGAAAAAUCUUCACAUUAUCCAUCACAGUCUUGCAAAUCACUUAUCGAUUUAGGAGGAUCUAAUGUGACAAUUUUAAACAAUACAAUAAACCAUCUUAAAACAUAUCAAAAUUUCUCAGGUAUACUCAAAUUGGCGUAUCCUGGAUCCAUACAACCGUUGGAAAAUUUACUUCUAUCCUCUUGGGGUGAUGUCGUUAUGUGUGAACAGUUCUUCCCACAUUUAUCAAUGGAGAACCCGCCAUCCAUUCGUCAUCCUUUUGUUUACGAAAACUGGAAAUCUCAAUUAUCAUUACACGUACUAACGAUCAAAGUUUAA